AUGGAACUGUUCCCUCCUGGAUGGAGAACUAUGGCUGGUUGUGUUGUUGAAGCAUUUUGGGCAGGAGGCAUUGUAUUGUUAGCUCUUAUUGCUAAAUAUGUGCAACACUGGAGAUAUAUCCAACUAGCAAUAAAUAUACCAACACUGGCCACAGUUUUUUAUAUUUGGAUUAUACCAGAAUCUGUAAGAUGGCUGAUUUCAAAGGGGAAGGUUGACAAGGCUGAGAGGAUUGUGACCUCUAUUGUUGGAUAUAACAGCCUCCAUCUUGAUCUUGACAUCCUGAAGGCCGAGAUGCAGACCUUGAUGACCUCAGCAUCCUCCAGGCACAACCCUGGGAUUGUUGAUAUAUUCAGGCUGCCAACUAUCCGACUCCGAGCUCUGGUUCUCUUCUUUAUCUGGUUCUCUGUAUCCUUGUGCUACUACGGUAUCACAUACUUCGUCCCGAACCUGUACGGGGAUAAGUACCUCAACACUAUCCUAGGUGGCGGGAUAGAGCUGGCCGCCUACCUACUCGCCUACGUCGUGCUGGGAGGGUUCGGACGGCAGGGGCCACUGUGUGGAUAUCUCCUACUUAGUGGGACUAUCUGUAUAGCUGUUGUAUCUGUUAGAACAUUUAUACCUGAGUCUGCUAUGGAUGUUACAGCGCUAGUUACAGGUCUAGCACUGGUAGGAAAAGCCUCAAUUGUUUCCUGUUUUUGUACAAUCUUCAUCUACAGUAGUGAAAUAUUCCCUACUCUAAUUAGAGCAGUAGGGGUAGGGUCUUGUACAUUCUUCGGAAGGGUAGGAUCCCUACUAGCUCCUCAGNUUUAUAGAAUAAUCUGCACAUAUGUUUUAUUAGAUUUAUAG